CGAACCCAAAUUUCAGAAAUCGAAGUUGUGAAAAACAAUAAUAAAUAUUAAUAUUAUCUUUAAUUUUUAAAAAUAUGGAAGGUGUAUUGUGGAAAUGGACAAAUUAUUGGAACGGUUGGCAAACGCGUUGGUUUAUUUUAGAAAACGGUGUACUCUCGUACUAUAAAUCACAAGAGGAAGUAAAUCAAGGAUGCAAGGGAUCUGUAAAAGUAUCGGUCUGCCAAAUAAAUGUAAACAACAUUGAUCCUACCAGGCUGGAUCUAGUAAUUCCGGGGCAACAACAUUUAUAUUUGAGAGCUCCUUCACCCCAAGACCGACAAAAAUGGCUGGUGGCUUUAGGAAGUGCUAAGGCAUGUGUGGAAUCAAUGGUGGAGUCAAAAGUAAUGAAUAAUGAAGAUACCCUAAACCACAAAAAAUCAGAAUUACAUUUGUAUUGUGAUUUGUUAAUGCAACAAGUGCAUGCUGUGAAAAGUGCCGCCACAGCAGAGGGAGGCCCAGAAGUACAGAAAAUGGAAGAUGAAUCCAGCCUUUUAAAAGCAACUUGUGAUACAUUUAUAAGAACUCUUGAAGACAUCAUGAAACUGACAAACAGUCCUGGAAACAGCACCCCAUUCGAGAUGCCCAUAGCUAAUAUACCAGCAAAUAAAAAUAAUAACACAAAAAGCAACAAAACCUUAACAAGGUCUCUAUCACAAGAAAAUAGAUGAGUUUAUUUAAAAUAUUUUUUUAAGAAACAGAUGUAAAUUUUUGUUGUUUUUUAUCUUUUGUAUUGUGACCUUGAUUGAAUCCUUUACCAAUUUAACUGGAAUGCCAUAUUGGUACAUUAUUAAUUAACAUGUAAAAUGUUAUUUGAGGGUGAUUUGCAAGCUGCAUGUAAAAUAGGGACAUUACCUUGAUAAUUUUGCAAAAAUAACCCAUACAUUAAUUACAACAGAAAGAAAACAUGACUUUCUUGAAAAUAUGCAUUUAUAAAUUAAGUAGAUUAAAAAUGUAAUAAUUUCAGAAAAAUAAUGCCAACGAUGUACUUAUUACAAUGCCAAUAAGAGGUUUAUAAUUUAAAAAAAGAUUUUUAA